AGCUCCCUGCUCUGAUUUUCCUUCUCCUCUAAACUCUAAAGAGCCUUUCCCAUCUUAUCCAGGGGCUGACUCAUUGCCAACGUAAGAAAACCAGAAGCUUCAGAGAUGACCUUUGAACACCAGCUGGCUUCUGGCACAGGAACCCCUGCCCUGUGUUUCGUGUCCAGCAUUCGCUCUCUGUACGCUGCAGCGAAAGCAGGAAGAGGGGAAGGAGAAGGAGAAGGGGGUAUCGCUGCAGCCAUGGCUGCUGUCUUCCUUCCAGGAAACCUUCAAGAUGAAGCCACUUGCUCUGUUUGUCUGGAAUACUUCAAAGAUCCUGUGUCCAUCCAAUGCGGGCACAACUUCUGCCGGGCUUGCAUCACCAAGAGCUGGAAGAGCCUGGAGGUGGAUUUCCCUUGCCCCCAGUGCAGGGAAGUGUUCAAGGAGAAGAGCCUCAGGCCCAACCGACAGCUGGCCAACAUGUCUGAGAUCAUCAGCCAGUUCAUCCUGCAUGGUGGGAAAGGCCUCGAGGAGGAGAAGAUCUGUGAGAAGCACAAGGAGGCCCUUAAGCUCUACUGCAAAGACGACCAGAAGACCAUUUGCGUGGUGUGUGACCGGUCUCGGGACCACCGGCCUCACGCUGUGGUGCCUGUAGAGGAGGCAGCCCAGGAGUACAAGGAACAAAUUCAGACUCGUUUGGAUUUCUUGAAAAAAGAGAGACAAGAGCUCCUGGAAUUCAAAACACAGGAUGACAAGAAGAGCCAAGAACUCCUGAAAACCAUAGAAACUGAGAGACAGAAGGUCCUCUCUGAAUUUGAAGGGCUGCGCCAGUUUCUUCAUGAGCAAGAACAGCUUCUCCUUGGUCAGCUGGACAAGAUGGAGAAGGGCAUCAUGAAAAGACAGAAUGAAAACAUCACGGAGCUGUCCAAGGAAAUUUCCCUCCUCAACAAAUUCAUUGCUGAUCUGGAGGACAAAGGCCAAGAACCACUGCUUGAUUUCCUCAAGGAUGUGACAACUACUAUUGCCAGAAGUGACAAUGUUAAAUGUCAGAAGCCUAUUCCAGUUUCCUCUGACAUGAAAGGCCACGUCUCCAACUUCUCUCUGAAGACGGUGGCUCUCAAGGGAGUGCUUAAGAAGUUCAGAGAUCAUCUGCGAGAUGAACUGGGGAAAGGUGAGAAAGAGGACUUGCUCCUGGAUCCAGAGACGGCCAACCACCUCCUCCUCAUCUCUUCAGAUCUCAAGACGGUGCGCAUGGGCUGCCGGAAGCAAGAUCUCCCUGACAACCCCAAACGCUUUGAUACCAACUCCCGAGUCCUGGCGACAGAAGGAUUCAAGUCUGGGCGGCAUUACUGGGAGGUGGAGGUGGGGUCUGCCGAUGGCUGGGCCUUCGGAGUGGCUAAGGAAUCGGUGCGACGGAAAGGGCUGACCCAGUUUUGCCCCGAAGAGGGCAUCUGGGCACUGCAGCAAAAUGGUGGGCGAUAUUGGGCAAUCACCACCCCUCAACGCACCCCAAUUUUCCUGAACGAGAAGCUCAUUAAAAUUAGAAUCUACUUAGACUACGAAGGAGAAGAAGUGUCCUUCUACAAUGCUGACACCAUGCAGCACAUCUUUACCUUUAAUGUUGCCUUCACCGAGAGGAUGUUUCCCCUCUUCUCAGUUUGCUCCACGAUAACCUACAUUAAACUUUGCUCCUGAAAUGAAGAGGAUGCUU